AUGGUUUCUUUGAUACGAACUCCAUGUCUAAUAGCUAUUGUAAUCUACGCUACAAUAGCAAAAGCUGAGAAUCUGAAUGAGCCCGAGGUCGCUUCCAUUCAACUGAAUAACAUCGAACAAGAAGAUACCACUCUUCAAUUGAAGAUUGACACCGAAGGAGAAAUGAUGCACAUCGUUUUCGACAAUUCUGACUCAUCUGAUUCGACCAUCACGUCUUUUACUAUUUUGAACGGCGGAGUCACUCCAUCAAAGGCAGAUAGCGUGGAAAUUGAAGUCAGUUUGAAUGGCCAUGUUGAAGAAGCUGACGCUGAAGAGACUUCCGGAGAUACGUUUGAAGAAGCAUCAGAAGAUGACCUUCAGCAGCUAGCGACUGUAACAACUUCUACUUCAGCCCCAAAACUUCCACCCAGAUUCAUGUCAAUGAGCCCACACAAAUGUGCCCUUCCUCUUCCUGAAGAUAAAACCUGGUUAAGUCCUAUUUCGUCGGCAUUAGGAUUUUGUCAUACGAAUCAUUUCUGCUACGUGUGCUUGGCGAUUGUGACUUGGACAUGGCUCGUCGUUAAGUGUAUGGGAGGGAACAAGAAGGUAAUUCCAGUCAACGAAAUGGAGCUUGUACCUCAGACAGCUCCCCAGAGUGAUGCUGAUCCUAGUCCGGCUUAA